AGCUGCUGACAAUCUAACUUUUCUCUCUCUGACUUUGUGAGCUGCUAAAAAACAACACCUGACUGGAGGCACCGCAACUCAUAAACACACACAGCUGUAUAUAAGAGUGUCAGUCUGGUUCGGCCCUGCAUCACCUGGUGGUUGUACCUUCGACUUCACCGUGCACAUCGACAUACGGGCAGGAUGAAGCUGCUGUUGGUUGUUGUCGCUGCUCUGGCCGUGGCCAGCUGUGCCAGCGUGUCCCUGGAAGACCUGGAGUUCCACGCCUGGAAACUGAAGUUUGGAAGAUCUUACAACUCUCCAUCAGAGGAGUCUCACCGCAUGCAGAUCUGGCUCCAAAACCGCAAACUGGUACUGGUGCACAAUAUCAUGGCCGAUCAGGGCAUCAAAUCCUACCGCCUUGGCAUGAACUACUUUGCUGACCUGGAAAAUGAGGAGUACAAGCGUUUGAUUUCUCAGGGCUGCCUGGGCUCCUUCAACGCUUCUCUGCCUCGUGGUGGCUCCACCUUCCUGCGGUCGCCUGAAGUCACCGAUCUGCCACAAGCCGUCGACUGGAGGGACAAGGGCUACGUCACUGACGUCAAGGACCAGAAGCAGUGUGGCUCCUGCUGGGCCUUCAGUGCAACUGGUUCGCUGGAGGGUCAGAACUUCAGGAAGACAGGGAAGAUGGUGUCCCUGAGUGAGCAGCAGCUAGUGGACUGCUCUGGGGACUAUGGCAACGAGGGCUGCAAUGGAGGCUUAAUGGACGAUGCCUUCCGUUACAUCCAGGCCAACGGAGGUAUAGACACAGAGGACUCCUACCCGUAUGAGGCUGAGGAUGGAAAGUGCCGUUACAACCCUGCCACCAUCGGUGCCAAAUGCACCGGCUUUGUUGAUAUAAAGCAAGGUGAUGAAGACGCCCUGAAGGAGGCUCUGGCCACCAUUGGACCCGUGUCUGUGGCCAUCGAUGCUUCUAAUGAGUCUUUCCAGUUUUAUGAAUCAGGAGUGUAUAAUGAGCCGGACUGCAGCAGCACAGAAUUGGACCACGGUGUUCUCGCUGUGGGAUACGGCAGUGACGGCGGACAUGACUAUUGGCUGGUCAAGAACAGCUGGGGUCUAUCCUGGGGAGACAAGGGAUACAUCAGGAUGACCAGGAACAAACACAACCAGUGUGGCAUCGCUACUGCCUCCAGCUACCCCCUGGUCUGAGAAGGUCUUUCAUCUGUGCCACAUAAUUCACUUUAAUUCCAUAGAGCAGCGGACUUAUCACUUGACUGAUGUUUUUUCUUGUUUGAACUGUACCCUGGUGCAAUAAUAGAAUAACUUUGAUUGUAAAUAAAUGUGAAGAAAUAAAUGUGACCCUUGUGUGUU